CUCUGCUGCUGCAUUUCUGGUUUUUCCCGUUUCAUCUGAAAGCGUUAGUAUCAAUAGGAUCCUUGAGCUGAGCACACAAACUGCUGCAGAUCAGUAACAACUUGGUGUUUGGCUUCUUGUGAGACAUAUCUACAGAGGGAAAAUAAACUACAGACAUUCAGUGUUGUUGAGAAGUGAAAUGGCUCAAAGAGGAAAUCAGAUGGAUUCAGGAAAAUUCUCCUGUUCCGUUUGUUUGGAUGUACUGAAGGAUCCGGUGACUAUUCCCUGUGGACACAGCUACUGCAUGGACUGCAUUAAAGACCACUGGGAUGGAGAAGAUCAGAUGAAAAUCCCCAGCUGCCCUCAAUGUAGGAAAGAGUUCAUACCGAAACCUAUCCUUGUGAAAAACAUCAUGUUAUCAGAGUUGGUGGAAGAUUUGAAGAAGACUGGAUUUCACGCUGCUCCAGCUGAUCACUGUUAUGCUGGAUCUGAUGAUGUGGCCUGUGAUGUCUGCACUGGGAGGAAGAUGAAAGCUGUCAAGUCCUGUCUGGUCUGUUUGGUUUCUUAUUGUGAGAAUCACCUCAAAUCUCACUAUGAUGUCCCUGGACUGAAGAAACACAUGUUGGUGAAUCCCUCCAAGAAUCUCCAACAGAACAUCUGCUCUCGUCAUGAUGAGGUGAUGAAGAUCUUCUGUCGUACUGAUCAGCAGUGUAUCUGUUAUCUCUGCUUAAUGAAUGAACAUAAAGACCAUGAAACAGUCCCAGCUGCAGCAGAAAGGGCUGAGAAGCAGAAGGAGCUCCAGGAGAGUCGACAACAAAUCCAUCAGAGAAUCCAGGACCAAGAGAAAGAUGUGAAGCUGCUUCAACAGGAGGUGGAGGCCAUCAAUGUCUCUGCUGAUAAAACAGUGGAGGACAGUGAGAAGAUCUUCACUGAGCUGAUCCGUCUCCUCCAGGAAAGAAGCUCUGAUGUGAAGCAGCAGAUCAGAUCCCAGCAGGAAACUGAAGUGAGUCGAGUCAAAGAUGUUCAGGAGAAGCUGGAGCAGGAGAUCACUGAGCUGAAGAGGAAAGACGCUGAGCUGGAGCAGCUCUCACACACAGAGGAUCACAACCAGUUUCUCCUCAACUACCCCUCACUGCCAGCACUCAGUGAGUCUACACACUCAUCCAGCAUCAACAUCCAUCCUCUGAGACACUUUGAGGACGUGACAGCAGCUGUGUCAGAGCUCAGAGAUAAACUACAGGAUGUACUGAGAGACCCAUCAAAAAACAUAUCACUGGAAAUGAAUGAUAUGAAUGUUUUAGUACCAGAACCAAAGAGCAGAGCUGGAUUCUUAAAAUAUUCCAGAGAAAUCACUCUGGAUCCAAACACAGUACACAGUAGGCUGUUGUUAUCUGAUGGGAACAGAAAAGUAACUAGAAUGGAACAACAACAGUCUUAUCCUGAUCAUCCAGAGAGAUUCACUUAUUAUGCUCAGGUUCUGAGUAGAGAGAGUCUGACUGGACGUUGUUACUGGGAGGUGGAGUGGACAGGAGAAGGGAAAACAACAGUUCAUGUAGCAGUUUCAUACAAGAACAUCAGCAAAGCAGGAAGAUCAAGUGAAUGUUCACUUGGACUUGAUGACAAAUCUUGGGCAUUAUCUUGCAACACAAACAGUUACACAUUUUAUCACGACAACAUUGAAACUCCAGUAUCAGGUCCAGUUUCCUCCAGAAUAGGAGUGUACCUGGAUCACAGAGCAGGUAUUCUGUCUUUCUACAGCAUUUCUGAAACCAUGACUCUCCUCCACAGAGUCCAGACAAGAUUCACUCAGCCUCUAUAUGCUGGAGCUUGGAUUUUAGAUGAUGGAUCCUCUGUUGACUUCAAUAAACCUAAAUAUUACUGUAUGUACUGUAUUAAAUACCACUGGGAUGGAGAAGACCAGAGUAAUAUCCACAGCUGCCCUCAGUGCAGACAGACCUUCAUACUGAGGCCUGUCCUGGUGAAAAACAUCAUGCUAUCAGAACAUCAGGUUAUCAGAAUCCCAGUGUUACUCGGAACUGAAAUGGAGCAGCCAGGAAAUCAGAUGGAUUCCAUAACAUUCUCCUGUUCCAUCUGUUUGGAUCAACUGAAGAAUCCGGUGACUAUUCCCUGUGGACACAGCUACUGUAUGAACUGCAUUAAAGACUUCUGGGAUGGAGACGAUCAGAGGGGAAUCUACAGCUGCCCUCAGUGCAGACAGAAAUCCAAACUGAGACCUGUCUUGGUGAAAAAUGUGCUGUUAGCAGAGUUGGUGGAGGAUCUGAAGAAAACUGGACUCCAAGCUGCUCCAGCUGAUCACUGCUAUGCUGGACCUGAAGAUGUGGCCUGUGACGUCUGCACUGGGAGGAAGAUGAAAGCUGUCAGAUCCUGUCUGGUGUGUUUAGUUUCUUACUGUCAGACUCAUAUUAAACAUCACUAUGAGGUGCCUGCACUGAAAAAACACCAACUUUUCAACCCCUCCAAGAAACUCCAUGAGAGCCUCAGUUCUCUUCAUGAUAACAUGAUGAAGAUUUUAAUGAAUGAAUUUGAAACAGUCUCGGCUGCAGCAGAAAGGGCCGAGAAGCAGAAGGAGCUCCAGGAGAGUCAACAACAAAUCCACCAGAGAAUCCAGGACCAAGAGAAAGAUGUGAAGCUGCUUCAACAGGAGGUGGAGGCCAUCAAUGUCUCUGCUGAUAAAGCAGUGGAGGACAGUGAGAAGAUCUUCACUGAGCUGAUCCGUCUCCUCCAGGAAAGAAGCUCUGAUGUGAAGCAGCAGAUCAGAUCCCAGCAGGAAACUGAAGUGAGUCGAGUCAAAGAUGUUCAGGAGAAGCUGGAGCAGGAGAUCACUGAGCUGAAGAGGAAAGACGCUGAGCUGGAGCAGCUCUCACACACAGAGGAUCACAACCAGUUUCUCCUCAACUACCCCUCACUGCCAGCACUCAGUGAGUCUACACACUCAUCCAGCAUCAACAUCCGUCCUCUGAGACACUUUGAGGACGUGGCAGCAGCUGUGUCAGAGCUCAGAGACAAACUACAGGAUGUCCUGAGAGACUCAUGGACAAACAUCUCUCAGAAAUUCAGUGAGGUUGAUGUUCUACUGUCAGAACCAGAACCAAAGACCAGAGAUGAAUUCUUGAAAUAUUCAACAGAAAUAACUCUGGAUCCAAACUCAGCACACACACAUCUGUUAUUAACUGAGGGGAACAAAAAAGUAACAAUAAUGAAACAACAACAAUCUUUCUCUCAUCAUCCCGACAGAUUUACAUUUUAUGAUCAAGUUUUGAGCAUCCAGAGUCUGACUGGACGUUGUUACUGGGAGGUGGAGUGGAGAGCUGAAGCAAUCCAUGUUGCUGUUUCCUACAAGGACAUCAGCAGAGACGGGACUUCAGAUGAAUGUGUGUUUGGAUUCAAUGACAAAUCUUGGGUGUUAAGUUGUUACACAAAGGGUUAUACAUCUUUACACAACAGAGUUAAAACUCCAGUACCAGGUCCAGUUUCCUCCAGAAUAGGAGUGUAUCUGGAUCACAGAGCAGGUAUUCUCUCUUUCUACAACGUCUCUGAAACCAUGACUCUCCUCCACAGAGUCCAGACCAGAUUCACUCAGCCUCUAUAUGCUGGGGUCCGACUUUUUGAUCUGGGAGACUGUGCAGAGUUCAAAAUAGCCGAGUAGAAGAGCAACUCAAAGAAUUGCAACAAAAUACUUACCUAUCAUACAGGUCAGAAUGAAAGAUACUGUACCUUUCAAUAGAUUAUGUACAUUUUCAUUUACUUUUAAACAGUAGAAAAGAGAAAAACUUCAACAAUAUUUCUGCUUUGAAAUAUUCACAUCUGC